CAAAUAAAUAAUAUCGCUCAAUAAACGCUCUUUCCAUCCACCCACCGGCCAACUGAUUCAAGUAAAGUUGCGUUAGACGGAACGUCACAUCAAAUGCGAGAAAAUAACAAAAAUGGCUGACGAACAGGAGGUUCAACAGAUAGAGCUGCUGUGCAGGCAGCUGUACGAGUCGCAGGACCCGGUCGUCCGCGAGCAGGCCGAGAAGGCUGUGGUCGCUUUCCAGGAGUCCCCAGACACGCUCAGCAAGUGCCAGGCGCUGCUGGAGCGCGGCAAAUCCAGCUACUCGCAGCUGCUCGCCACCACCACGCUCUCCAAGCUCAUCAGCCGAUCCACGACAAGUCUCUCGGUGCAGCAGCGGCUGGAUAUUAGGAACUACAUCCUGAACUACCUGGCUACGAGACCCAAACUUGCCAACUUUGUCGUCCAGGCAUUGGUGUCCCUAUUCGCUCGCAUCACGAAGCUGGGCUGGUUCGACAUGGUGAAGGAGGAGUAUGUCUUCCACAACGUCAUGGCUGACAUCACCACCUUCCUACAGGGCGACGCGGAGAUGUGCACGAUCGGCGUGCAGCUUCUGUCCCAGCUGGUGGUGGAGAUGAACCAGGUGUCGGAGGCGGACGCGAACAGGUCGCUCGCCAAGCACCGGAAGACCGCCUCUUCAUUCAGGGACACAUCACUCCUAGAGAUCUUCCGUCUCUGUUGCUCCCUCCUAAGCGCGGCGAGAGGGAAAGAGCUGUCACUACAGGACGCAGCCUCCACCGCGCUGCUCGGGGCUGCUCUGAGAGCGUCCAUCACGUGCUUGACCUUCGACUUCAUCGGCACCUCGGCUGAUGAGGCCAACGAUGACUUGUGUACUGUGCAGAUUCCGACCACAUGGCGGCCCACGUUCCUAGAGUCGGCCACUCUCGAGCUGUUCUUCUCACUGUACCACUCCUUGAGCAGCGCUGAAGGCGGCGGCGCACUAAGCAGCCUGGCUCUAGCCUGCCUCGUCCAACUGGCGUCGGUGCGGCGCUCGCUGUUCAGCAACAACGAGCGCGCCAAGUUCCUCAACCGCCUGGCCGAGGGCGUGGCGCAGAUCCUGCAGCACACGCAGGGCCUAUCAGACCCGCUCAACUACCACGAGUUCUGCCGCCUCCUAGCCCGGCUGAAGAGCAACUACCAGCUGGGGGAGCUGGUGCUCGUGGACAACUACCCGAGACUCAUCGAGCUGAUCGCCAAGUUCACGGUGCAGAGCCUGCAGAUGUGGCAGUCAGCUCCCAACUCAGUCUACUACCUACUGUCUCUUUGGCAACGUAUGGUGGCUUCAGUGCCAUACGUGAAGGCUUCAGAGCCACACCGCCUGGAGACGUACGCGCCUAGUGUGACCGCAGCCUACAUACAGAGCCGGUUGGAUUCCGUGCCUGUUAUUAUCAGAGACGGCCUCGAAGACCCGCUAGACUCUGUGGGCUGCGUGCAACAACAGUUGGAACAGAUGUCGGUCAUAGCUCGCUGUGAAUACGCGGCCACGUGCAGACUACUCAUGACCCAGCUGGACCGCGCCGCCGCUGAGACUACGGAUACUGCUGUCACGCAUGGUAAACUCACGUGGCUGGUCUACAUAAUCGGCGCAGCCAUAGGCGGGCGCGCCUCUGUCAACACUUGCGACGAGAACGACACCAUGGACGGAGAACUAGUGUGUCGAGUGCUACAGCUCAUGCACGCCGCCGACUCCACCCUGCCACAGCAAGGCGGGUGCGAGAAGCUCGAGAUCGCCAUGAUGUUUUUCUUCGAGCAAUUCCGAAAAAUCUACGUCGGGGAGCAAGUACAGAAGAACAGUAAGGUUUACCGUCGGCUGGCGGAGGUACUCAACAUUGCCGACGAGAGCCAGCUGCUGAGUGUACUCAUGAGGAAGAUAAUAACGAACCUCAAGUACUGGGGCGGCUCAGAGCAGAUCAUCAGCAAGACGCUCGGGCUACUCAGCGAGCUGAGCGGCGGCUACUCGUGCGUGAGGAAGCUGGUCAAGCUGCCCGAGGUGCAGUUCAUGCUCACCAGCCACACCGCGGAACAGUUCCCGUUCCUCGGCAUAGAGGGCGUGCAGCCGCACGAGAUGCGGUGCCGCACCAUGCUGUACACGGCACUGGGGCGCCUGCUGAUGGUGGAGCUGGGGGAGGAUGAGCAGCGCUUCCACGAGUUCAUACAGCCCAGGGCCGUGGCAUUCGAAAGCCUGAUAGGGCUCCUAGGCCCUCAAGACAGCCCGCUGUACGCUUCGGAACACGCGAAGAAGACCCUUAUAGGCCUAGCGAGAGACCUGAGAGGCCUGGCCUUCGCGUUUAAUAGCAAGACUACGUAUAUGAUGCUGUUUGAUUGGAUCUACCCAGUCUACAUGCAGAUCGUGGUCCGAGGCGUGGAGAUCUGGUACGCGGAGCCGGCGGUCACCACGCCCUGCCUCAAGCUGAUGGGAGAACUAGCCCAGAACAGGAACCAGAGGCUGCACUUCGAUGUCAGCUCGCCGAAUGGGAUCCUGCUGUUUCGCGAGCUCGCUAAUGUCAUCGUGGCUUAUGGCAGCAGGAUCCUUACAGUGGACGUGAUCAAGAAGCAGCUGUACGCCAUGAAGCUGAAGGGAAUAUCUCUGUGCUUCUCCAUGCUGAAGUCAGCGUUGUGCGGGAACUACGCUAACUUUGGCGUUUUUAGGUUAUACGGUGACGAGGCUCUAGACAAUGCACUGAAUAUGUUCGUUAAGUUACUAUUAAGCAUACCACAGAAUGAUCUCCUGGUGUACCCAAAGCUAUCACAGACCUACUACGUGUUACUAGAGCGUCUGGCUCAGGACCACAUGCCGUUCCUAGCCAACCUGCAGCCCGAGGCCACCCUGUAUAUACUGUCGUCUAUAUCGGAGGGACUCACUGCUUUAGACACGAGUGUGUGCACGGGGUGCUGCGCGACGCUCGACCACAUAGUCACAUAUUUAUUUAAGCAAUUAGUACAGAAAACAAGCAACAAACCUCUCAACCCGCGCCAACCUCCCCCGGAGACCAGCAACAUGUUCGAGCAAGUUCUCCAGCGCCGCCCGCAGAUCAUGCACCAGCUGCUCGCCACCGUGCUGAACGUGAUAAUGUUCGAGGACUGCUGCAACCAGUGGUCCAUGUCUCGCCCGCUCCUCGGCCUGAUCCUGCUCAGCACGGACGAGUUCGCGCGUCUCCGAGCCUCGUUGAUAGAGAGCCAGCCGCGGGAGAGACAGGCGCAGCUGGCGCACUGGUUCCACAGCCUCAUGCAGGGCGUCGAGCCCAACCUGCUCACGAGGAACCGCGACCGGUUCACACAAAACCUGUCGAUAUUCCGACGGGACAUCAACGACCUGCUCAAGGGGCCGUCCUCAGUAAACCAGCCGGCCAGCAACGACAUGAUGACGUCAUAAGGACAACUGGGGAAUGUGUCUAUGUAUGUACAUGUUUGAGGUAUAUAGGUUGAUGAAAUGAUCGUCGGAUAAACUCGUUUUACCAUAACUACCUACAACUGUACUGGAAAAUGAAGUAAACAUUUAUUUAAAUAGAUACAUGUUGGUAUGUAGUGAAGGACUAUUUUAUUAAUUAAGUUAAAAAUAAGGAUGUUUUGUGUACAGGGUGUGUGAUAAUGUAUGAAUUCGGCCAGGACGAAAUUAAGCACAGCCUGUAGAUGUGUGCUAUAGAUCGACAAGAAUUUUUGAAUUUACGCUACUGUGAGAAAUAUAUAAUGCUAUUGUGUUGAUAGUAUAUUUUGAAACAGUAUUGCUGCUGUAGAUUUCAUUAAUAAAAUAGCCCUUUUGUUUUAAAAUUAAGCAUUUUGUGAAACGUUGAAUAUUUUUAAUUGUAACUCUAAGUUUUUUUUAUACAGUUAAUAUUAUUAUUGUUUCACAAACUAUCACAAUUGUUUUCUAAGGUGUGCUUGUAAUGUUAGUCAUUUACUAUGAUGAUGAAUUUAUAUGUUUCUUAUGUAAAUACUGUUAAAUAAGACAUUUAAAAGUAAUUGAUUUUAAAUCUCUUAUUUAAUUAUUAUAUUACAAAAAAAAAUGCUGUUUCUGACUGACGAUGUAUAACGGAUGUACAGUUAGGUUCAAACCACUUGUCGUUCUGAAGUUUGUUGGACCUAAAGUCUGUUUUUUAAUCUCAGAUACUAAAUUAACAGAUUCUGAACGGUUCAUCAACAGUCGACUGUCCCGCGAUUAAGUGACGUAUCGUUCUAUUGGCGGGACAGUCGACUGUUGAUGAACCGUUCAGAAUCUGUUAAUUUAGUAUCUGAGAUUAAAAAACAGACUGUAAUUGAACUAAUAAAACAGUUAUAACCUUGGCAUAGCAUUCCCUUGUUAUGUCUCGUUUAUUAUGAAAAUAGUUUAAAACUGAAAAGGUGACAAAAGGGGCCUAUCGCGAAGUCAAAACUAAGUAACAUUUCGUUGUCAAAAAAAGUUCGCGAUAGGUGCACAGGGCGGAUUUGUAUGAUUGUCGAAAUAUUAACAUCAUACCUGGUUAUCUUCAAAUCCAGUUUUGGAAUACUUUUUUUUAUAAGUAGUAUUUUUUCCUCUAAAUAAACUUGGGUUUCGCAUACAAUAGUAUGUACGCACAGAUUUUAUGAUAUUUAAAACGUAGCUACUAGCUAUUGUCCGUAGUACAGUUUAGGAGACGUCAUUGGAUUAGUUAGAAGACCUGUAAAACGAUAUUGCGCUUGAUUCGAUACAAGUCACAUUAGAAUAAUUAUACAGGGUGUUGCAAAAAGGGUAUGCUAAGCCGAAACCAGCAUGUGCAGCAUGUUAUAUCUAAGCCCGAAUCUGAAAUCAGAAUUUCAAAAUUCGCGGAAAAUAUAAUUCACUCUCCAUGGUAAAAAAGUCACGUGACCAACUAAGUUUCUAUGGAAAAUUUUGAAAUUCUGUUUUCAGUUUCUUUUUGCAACACACUGUAUACAAGUCAGAUUAGAUUAACGAUGUAAGGACAAGAUGGUGUGUCAUAUACAAAAACAAAGCAAGAAACUGUCCGAAUUUGGUUUACUGUCUAACCAUUGACUUAUAUAUUACUAGCGUAAGGACAGGCCCAACCGCUCUAGAAAAUGACACCCUCGCGUUGGCCCUAAAAUUUCAUAAAUCUGUCAUAAUUUGUAUGAAUUACGGCCAACGCACGGGUUGUCAUUUUAUUUUCACACAACGUUCUGACGGGCGUAUCCUUUAAUUUUUGCGCGGCGCGUUUUAAUGUCUCCCAAUGUCAACCAUUGUACCAAUGAAUAAAGGCACAAACCUUCUUACCAAACUUAUUCUAAGAGCUCAGUGGGAGAUGCGGGGUGUUAUUUGUCGAGACAUUUAUUUUCGCUGACACUCCAUCUUGUGUUAGUAUAUUGUUAAUCUAAGCUGCCAUGCGCAAUAGUAUUUUGCGAGGCUUACGAACAAACCUAGAGUCUGGCUAGUGAAAUAAAAUAAUAUUAUACUUAUGUAUGUUCCGUUAAUCAAAUUGAAACACAUUCCGCUAUUAGGUAUGUGUGUUUUUUCCUAAAUGUUUUGUAAAUACAUGUUUUAACAUAUUCUGACUCGGGCUAUUAAUUGUGUGAAACAAUAUUGGAAUCAACUUUAAUUCAUAAACAAAACCUUUAAAAAAGGCUGUUUUUUUAAAUAUAUGUACUCAUGACCCAAAUGCUGGUGUUGCUAAAGUGGUAUUUUAUCAAAAUACUACUACUAUUUAGGCAAAUCCCGCUGUGACAAAAGUUUAAGCUGUCAAAUGACACCCUGUAUUUUUGCAACAUCCUGUAAGUAUAUUUAGUAACUCUGAUUGAAAACGGAGUCACGGUUGUACAUAGUCAUAAUUAUACUUAGAUUAAAUAAAUUGUGAUUUGUACAAAGUUG